GAAAUCGCCAGGGAAAAUUCGUCCGUAAUUCGACGGUAUUUUGUUUUCACUUUCCUGAUCACUCCCGGAGUGUCUCUGUAAAACGUCUGUCUAAGUGAUUAAUACUAAAUAUCGUCAGGUUAACUAAGUGCAUAAAAUUCAGCCGCGCAAUUUUUCUAGUCAAAUUAACAAAACAUUACAACGAUGAACAUAAAAAUGCCAGACUUUGAUGUUAAAAAAUUCGUGAAGGAUGCGGGCUCUACACUUUCCCGAGUGGUGCAGCUGACCGAGGAGAAACUAGGCACAUCGGAGAAGACAGAAAUGGACUCUCACUUUGAGAUUCUUAGUGAGCGGUCAGAUUGUGCCCGAAUGUGGACCGAGAAAAUUGUGCGUGACACGGAGGCGGCUUUGAUACCAAACCCAGCUAAUCGGGUGGAAGAUUUUAUAUUCGAAAAAAUUGAAAAGGCAAAGCCGAAACGGCUAAGCAAUCUUGAGUACCUAGGACUGGAUAUGAUCGAGGGUGGUGGUGAAUUCGGCCAAGACGGUGCCUAUGGCAGUGCACUGAUCAAGGUUGGACAGACACAGCAGAAGCUUGGCUCCUGCGAGCGUGAUUUCAUCGGUUCGGCCGGAAUGUGCUUCAUUCAGCCAUUGAAAAAAUUUCUGGAGGGUGAAAUGAAAACCAUUACCAAAGAGAAAGGAAUACUGGAAAGUAAGAGAUUGGAUUUGGAUGCAUGCAAAAAUAAAGUACGAAAGGCAAGAAGUAUGCUGGGUCAGCAGACGGCUGAACGAGACCUACGAGUAGCACAAUCAGAAUUCGAUCGGCAAGCAGAAAUCACCAAGCUGUUACUUGAAGGAAUUAGCACAACUCAGGCAACACACUUGCGGCAUUUGCAUGCGUUCGUCGAAGCCCAAGUGCGGUACUACGGGCAGUGCAACAAAAUAAUGAGCGAUCUGCAGCGAGAACUAGCCAGUCUGGGAGGUCCACAACCGUACGUCCCCGUAGCGGGAUACGAGGAGGAUGAAACGAAUCACCUAACAGGCCGCGUGAACAACAUCGAACUGGGCGGUAGCCCGGGCUAUAAGCGAGCCCGCGUUCUAUGCUCUUACGACGCCAAAGACGGCACUGAGCUGAAUCUGACAUCAAACGAGGUGAUCUUCGUCUGUGAGUGUAAUCCACCGAACAGUGACUACAUGAACGGAAAACAAGGUCUAUUGAAAGGUUUAGUCCCGAAGGCAUUCUUAGAAAUUCUGGAUGAAUAAUUUCAUGUACCUUUGGUAUUUCGUCCUAUCUAAUUCACUAAAUUACUCAGAAAAAAUGCCUAUAACUACUUUAAUAUAUUUUAGUUAUUUUUAUUUUAUCAACACUAAUAUCGCUGUUUUACUUGAGUUCAUCCUAAAAUUACGUCAAAUAUAUGAGUUUUUUGCGCCUGGUUGCGUGUUACUAUGAAAAUAGCAUUAGAUUUAAGCAAUGACAUGCUUCGACAACACUAAAAUAGCUCUGCAUAGCACAUAAGAUAUAUUUUAGAACAUAUAACCAAAAUUUUUAAUCGAAACGAAGUCAGUUAUAUUGAGUAAAACAUUGAAUCGCUCGAUGGAGGCUAUUCUGUCAAUUAUUACUUCAAAUUAUUGAAUGGUUGCAAAGCUGAUUAACAAUGCGAUAGAAAGAUAAGCAACAAUGAAAGAACAAUAAUGUUAAACAUUCCUCCUCGUGAAAUUGUCAUCAUACAAAACCCUCCUCAGAAGAACAAUAUUUGUGUGAUUGUACGGCACGACUUAAAUCAUAACUAUCACUGAAUACUGGAGUAAGAUUACUGUUAAAACAACGAGCACGUAACUUUGCUCAGACAAAAUACAAAAAGACAUGAUACUCGAUCAAACUUAAUCUCUCUUAAAACUUAAAUAAUAUCAUGUAAUGGAACCUGAAAAUACAAUAACCCGAACAUAUUGUUUUUAUAAGAUUCUCUUGAAUGAUAUUAUUGACGAAGCAAAAACCUAGAUGUUAUUUAUUGCAAAUAUUAACAAGUUAAGCUAUCUUGCUUUUGAAAACUAUAAUAAACAAGUGAAAUCAACAGCAUGAGCUGCACAGCACCGUGCUAACAUGAAAACAUGAGUCAAUAACAACGUGGAAACUAUAGGAAUCUAAUUCAGUCUCUUCCAAUACGUAUUAUUGUUUGUUGGAAAACGUAUUCUCGUUAGUCUAUACUGCUUUACCAGUUCGUGAACAU